AUGUACACUCACAAGUCGACACAAAGCCUGCUCGACCUCUUCCCCAUGUUCGGCCAUCCCGGGAUCAGCGCGCUGGAAUAUGCUGGAGUGGUAGAAGAAACGCGCAAGAAGAACACGAGUUUGUCGGCAUCGCUCAAGUGUAAGACAUCGAGCUCGGCGCUUGACGAGAACACAGUCCCUUCGACAGCUGCGGAAACGGAUCCGGUUAAGGCAGAGCAAGUGCAAUUCAUAGCCGAAUUUGGCUGUCAGCAGCGACGACGGGGCAAAUUCGUCAAUCAUACACCGAGGAACUUUGAGAUGCGUACUACGCAGAGGGUGGAUAUCUAUGGCUCUGCUCGACCAGAGAGCGAGAACUACUCUCGACCUCGUGCUUCAAUCCAGGUCAAUUCGGACGAUACUCGCCACCCAUCAACGAAUCAGCAUGGAUACGGUUCGUUGUCAGGCUCGAGGACCGCGGAGAAACGCAUCACUCUCAACAGAGGGGCUCCGGUUGAGCUUGAUUCCAAGGAAAUCAUCUUGGAAACAGCUCCGCGGGUCUACCGACCAUCGAUAGAAGUUCAUCGACGCUCGGUUUCCACGCCAAAGGCGAGGGUUGCCGUUUACCCGUCGCGAACUGCUGCUUCUCUACGAUGCCUUAGGGGAGAGGUUAACGUUCGGAGUUCGAGUGCAACACAUCAUCGUCAGCCGGAGGAGACACAACAAAGUCAAACACCCUACAAGAACCCGAUUCAUGGAUCGCGUAAUGGCGCCCGACAUGCCCCAUUGGAACCACUUGUCGCGUUACACAUGCGCAAAGAAGCGGAUAGUGUUCUCGAAAGCCUAUCUUCCCAAGAAGUAGAGACCAAAGAAGAUAUGGCAACGUUUCAAGUUAUUCAAAAGUACUUUGAGAGUGAGGGGAAAACAUCAAGUCCACGUUCGAAUAUCAAGUAUCACCCUCAGCCGUCGAGUCCAUCAAGAAUUCCUCUUACAACUUCGCCGGAAUCACCCACUCCUGGGGCCAAGCUGAAUAUCCACGUCCCUCCGAUGAAUGAACUGGAGAUGUCAUAUAAGUUUCCACCAGCCGUACCAGACCGUAGCCCCAAGCGACUCGAGAGCCCAAGCUUUCCACUACGCACCAUGUCCGCGGCGACCAGAAACAGAGAUCCCACUGUUGCAUCUGAAGAUCCAUACUCUCCGCAUACUAAGAAGAGCAACCCACUUCACGUCCCCAAGCACCGAACUUCAAGGUAUGGCAGUGUAGGACAAGCCGCCCGCGCCGGCUCAUCCAACUUAGGACGAAUGGCGCCACUAAUUCUCGGCCAUGCUGCACUCACCGCCAGCAGUGACCUGGGCCUGAACGACAUCAGCUCUUAUCUUCGUAACACGGGACCUCCCACAGACACGCAGACAACAACCAGGCAGCGCAUCAAAGCCGGGAUGAAGAUGUUCCGUGUCAAUGAUAAGAAGAGCCUCGCAGCACGCGUAGGGUCAGUAGAGGGCUCACCACAACGCCCACGUAUACCAGUGAUGGUGCCGGCCUGCGCGCGUGAAAUGACGACGUCCGCUGGCGCGAGGCAUUUGAAGAUUGUUAUCCCGAUAGAUGCGGUGACAAGCAAUCAGACGUUUCCGCUUCCUGUUAAUAAGGCAGAAGCACUACGUCGCUCGAAACAUAGGUCCCUUUCCUUCAAUGAGGAGAUGUUGUGUCCGAGCGUGGGAUCUGAGAAUGAACACGUUUUCGCUGCAGAACCGCAUGAGCGCUCUUCUUCAGCUCCUAUUUCGCGCCGUAGCCCUCCAAUAACCCCGAAGCGAGAACACGUCCAGGACCAUCCUCUGGCAUCAAGGGAGGAGCAGACUCGUGCUAGGAAACUCCGGGAUCUACAGAAAGUCAGGCGGAACUUUUCUUCUUCCGACAUACAAAAUGUUGCGCCGCCGACGCCGACACUGGCGCAGGACCCAGAGUCUCUUGGGGCAGACGACGAAAGUUCAAGGGAGAAAAUGGCGAAGCUUGAAGAGAAGGUCGGAGCAUUGCAGAAGCUUAACACACAGCUUGCGGAGACGCUGACGAGCCUUCUUGGGGAUGUUGAGAGCAAGGAUGGGAAGAUCAAGAAUGAAGAUGUGUUGAGGGCUUGCAGACUGGCUGGGUAUGAAGGGGUGUUGAUGGGGAUAGAUGGUACAGAAGAGAAACCGCUGGAGCUCGACUCUAAAGAAGAAGAUAUGUUCGGAGGAAAGGAAUGGCUACGGCUCGAUUUUGAGGGAGACAAAGAAAGAGGACUUCGAGAUUCGACUUGGAGUCUGACACUGUGA